CCCGUCUCGGCAAUACCUUGCGCUGUGUCUUUACCAAUAAGUAAUGUUCUCAUCAUGAGGAGUUCGAACUCUUUCAGCACUGAAAUGGUCAUUACAUAUCUUCUAUUUUUACUUUUCACUUAUUCAUCUUCCUUUAGCAUUGGCUCUACGAGUGAUAAACGAAUUGUGAAUAAGCGUCAAGCCAGUGGGGAUUUGUUUCCGGAUUGGGUCCCGUUCAAGAAUAAACACGGCGCCGAAUUAGGUGAGUUCGUUGACGUCGUAAAGAAAAAGCCCAAAAAGAGAUUGGCGUUACCAACUAAUUUUGUGCUGAAAUCCCAAGGCGAUCAAGACGUAGAUGAAUAUCACGAUAAAGAGGAAGGUGGUGACGAUUAUUUUGAUAAAAAAGAAUGGUCCGCUACUGGGACCUCUGACCCUAAUCCCGCGAAGCUGGCAGAUAUCGAUGGAAUAGUAAAUAUAAUAACUAAACAGACAGUGAAUCCUGUACAAGCUGAAGAUAAAAUAAACUUUGAAAGUGUAGAAGAUAAAAGUAGUGAAAACAAAAAAGAAAGCGAAGAGUUGAAAGAACUAGACAACGUGAAGGAAGAAAAACAUGAGGUCGCAAGUGAUAGCAAAGUGUUAAAUACAGAUACCAAAAAGGACGAUGACUAUGAUUAUGAAGAAAAAGAAAAAACGAGCAAAGAAAAAUUGGAUCAAAGUGAAUCCGAGGCAAAGAAAGCCAAAAUUUUAGACAGCGUCGAUGAAUUAAAGGAACGUCACGCGGAAGAACAAAGACAAAUAUCUGAAAAAAUCAAAGAAGAAGAAUUAUUUAAAGACGAACAGGAAAGAAACUUGGAACGAUUUCCACGUCGGGAAUAUGACAAAUACGCCCUAAAGGAACCCGAAUGGAGGAAAGGAAGUUCCGAGUAUGACGAAUACGACGAAAAAAUGUUAGAUGUAAGAGAUAAGUACAAAAUAGUCGCAAAGAAAUCUGUUGUAACGACUCCAAAACCCAAACCAGUGGAACAACCGCCACGAAUAAAUAAGCUCUCCUUGUUUUCAAAUCCUAAUGCGUUCCUGAUAAGAGAUUACGAGGAGAGCGAAGAGAAACCGACCACAGGUAAACCCAAGCGGAAUAAAAAUGCGAAAGAUGAGUCAUCACAAAAGUUCUCCUCGCGAUACCUUGCAUCAAAUCUGAAGGAUAAGGGUCGCGUAAGAAUAUCAUUAGUGCCGGAGGAGAAAGAUUCAAAGGAGGGUGAACCGACUUUAUUCUUUCCAAAAAAGAGGUUGGGUCGUCGGUUUCAGGAGGACAUAACACCAGAGACAACACAGACUGAGGCUCAGACAACUUCACAUAUAACGAUGACAACUCCAACGACGAUUACGACUUUAGAUGCAGAAACAACUGCCUUUGAAACUGACACUACGGCAGCUGACUCCGUGCCAUCGGCUGCAGACAGCACCCACAGCGCCUCUCUGGUGCCGGAGAGCACUAUUACGGUUACUGACCCCGUCCCUUCAGCUACAGACGCGAAAGAAAAGAAACAACCUGAAAACUACGAAAUCGAAAGAGGUAGCGGCAGGGAACAUCACUCCUCACAUGAAGAGGAACACGGUGAGAAUGGGAAAAAGGCAUACGAGGGGAAACACGAAGAUACAAAGACGAAGAAGGGCUACCACGACCGCGAGAACCAUGUCGGCAAAUACGACGACCACGGCGGCUUCGACAAGGACCUCCACGACGAAUCCCAGCACUACGGUCACCAUCACCACGAGGAGCACGGCAAGAAGCACGCUAAGUACGAAGAGUCCGGCAAACAUUCAAAAGGACACAGCACAAAAGGCAGCCACGAUAUCCACAAGAAAGAGGAAUAUGAAAAGAACGUUGAAUUCUUCGAAGAGGAUGGUGACUUCGAUGAGGAAGAGAACCAUGGCGGCCAUCACGACGAGAAGAGUCACGCGAAGGGCGGCAACUUCAAAAAAGAAAACCUCGAAAGUGGUCACGAAGGGCACACGAAAGGUGACACGGGCCACUACAGCAAAGGCGGGUUUGGACAUUACAACAAGGGCCAUAAAUCAUCAGGCGGACAUGACAACCACGGACGCCAUGGAAAAGAGAACCACCACAUUGAAGGCAAAGACGCGGGAAAGAAGUGGAUCUAUCACCACGGAACACCAGCCCGUACCGCGCAUCUCGCGCCCAUCGACCGCGCAGACCCUCGACUCUUCGGCCCGAGGCUUUUCGGAUAGAGACAUGCCACCCACACAGGACUACCUCAAGAAACAUAUACGUGCGGUUGCGAAACGUCUCAACUUAGUAUUCCUAGUAUAAUGUAUCCAGUUAGUGUUAGUUCUCAUGGCCGCGGGAUACCGUUCGUAGUGCACAUUAUAAGCAAGACAAUCUUUAUUUCGCAAACUAUUUUUCGUUCAUAUUUACGCCUCAAACUGCGUGGAACAACUGAUGCUAUGUAGAUUUGUAGAACUUUAGGUG